AUGGGAUUACGUGUUGCGAUCUUCGUAGAAGAAAUAGCGAUGCUUGAGCAACUCUACGGAAAGCACGCGGCUGCGUUGUACGCUCAGGCGGCAGACUUCAACAAGACUGCUCGCUUCUACUACAUGAAGGCUCAGGACGCCUACUACCUCGCCAACGCUCAGGCCUCGUACGAUGACUGGCGCCGCGCUCGUCGUCAGUGGGACUACUUCUACCGCAGGAAGUAA